CUUGUUGCCGUAUGAAUUUGACUAGAGUUGUUUUUCCUUCCACUUUAUUUCCAUGUGGACUUUAAAGAAUACAAUUAAUAAUACCUAAAUUAUCGUCAACAUACAGGAAGCGAAGUUUCACAGAGAAGCGGAGCCCAAAGUUGAGAGAAAGAGCCUUCUCUCUGCUCUGGCACCAGCAUGAGCAUCCCAUCAUCAGGUCGGAAGACUCCAGUGGACUAUGGCGUCCAGAUCCGCUUCAUCAAUGACCUGAGCGGCGGGGACCAGCCAGGGCCGAAGCCUAAGCCCAAGACCAAGACUCAGACCACCUCCAAAUAUGGUGUAGCAGUCAGGGUGCAGGGCAUUGCUGGGCAGCCAUACUUAGUCCUGAAAGAUGGAGAGAAAGGAGACUCUUAUGGAGUCCAGCUCAGAACACAGUACCCGUCUGGUUACAGCAGCCUCCCCCGAAGGAGAGAGAACACAGGGACACAAGGGGAAGACAAUGGGGGAGGACAGGGAGGAGCACUACGCCGUGCUCAGUCUCAUGGCUCACUGCUAGACAGGGAUGGAGAGGGAGGGACGGGGGAGGAGGACUUUCAGCUGUCUAGGCCACCAGGUGAUGGGAAGUCUGGGAGUUAUGGGAACCUGGAUGGAGGAAUUGGGGCGAGGGGGGAGAAGGAGCGGGGCCGACGUGUUGGUGGUAGAGAGGAAGACGUUGAGAGGAAUAUGUGGGAAGGCUCAUAUAGAGCAGGGCUCAACGGGUCAGUGGGAUCAGUAAGGAGUGAUCAUUCCUAUCCUGAUCAUCCUCAGCAAACCAGUCAGACUCUGAUUAACAGACACUUAAACAGGUUUGAUGGUGGAACUACCGCAGUCCAGCAGAGAGUACAAGAUCCUAGGGAUACAUCUCCUCUCCUCACUCCAAACCCUUACUCCUCACCCCCAUCCUCCACUCAUAGCAGUCUGGGACGCGGCCAGAGCACUGGCACUGCAUAUCCUCUACAAUCAGCCAAUCAAUGGUCUUCACCAGGGAGAUCCAGCACUGUGGAGGCCACGUCGACUGAGGCUCAAGUGACUCCUGACCUUUUACUGGACCAGGGUCAGAGUGCAGAGAUGAGCAGUGAGGAGGAGGAGUUCAUGCAGACUAUUUACAACAUCCUGAGACAAGGGUCAACCGAGAGUGAUGUUAUCAUCAAACACAAAGUCAAAAUCAUCCUUCAGAGGAUUCAGAAUCUGAAGCCUAAAGACAGGGCACAGGAAGAGUGGUUGAGAGAAAAGAGGAAGCUUGAAAGAAAGGUGGCAGAACUAAACGCUGCUCUACAAGCAGAAAGAAGUGACUCUGUUAGCAAUUCUGAUCCCAUUCUGAAAGCUGAGCUCGAGUCCUGCCUGGAUGAAAACCUGCAGCUCCAGGAGAUGCUGGACCGGAAGAAGAAAGAAUUAAAUGACACACAAUCAGAGCUGACUCAGCUGCGCAUGGAUAGGGAGAAUGCGGAGGCAAGGGUCCGAGAGAUGGAGGACCAGCUGGCUGAGUUUCAGGAUGAACUGAGGAGAGAAAGCAGCAACAAGACGGAUCUGAUGUCUUGUCAGACGCAGCUGAUGGAGGUUUGCCAGCUGAAACAGAAGCUGGAGGAGACGCUGAGGCAGAGAGAGAGGGAGCUAACAGCUCUUAAAGGAGCACUGAAAGAGGAGGUUGCAACACACGACAAAGAGAUCGAGGCACUACGGGAACAGUACAGGGCUGACAUGGAGAAGCUCCGCGGCAGCAUGGAGCAGGUGUCUCAGUCUCAUGCAGGGAUUGAAGCAGAGCGUUUGCGGGUAAAUGCAUCCAUUCGCUCCCUUCAGCAGCAGCUAGAGGACUGUAGAGACGAGAGCAGCCACUGGAUGGAGCAGUUUCACGCCACCAGAGAUGAACUUCGAACUACUAAACAAGAACUUCUGCAGAAUCGUCUGGAAAAAGAGGAAUCAGAGGAGGAACUGAAGGAGCUACAGGAGAAAGUGAGCACCAUGAAACAGCAGAUACCAGACCCCAGCACCACACAGUCCCUCAACCAGAAACUCCAGCAAUGCAACGCCGAACUACAGAAAGCAAAGUCUGAGGUGGAGAAGCAAAGGACGGAGUUUGAUAAGAAAGUAAUGGAGGUCAUCUCCAUCAAAAAGUCUCACCAGAACCAGGAAGCAGAGCUGAAGUAUGAGAUUAAUAGACUAAAGGACCAAUUGCAGAGGGCCAAAGAUGACUUUGCAAAAGCACAGGAGAAAAACAAAAAGCUCCCAAACCCAGCUAUCAUCACCGAGCUGGAGCAGAAGCUUGAUGAGACACGCAGUGAAGCGAACCAGCUCAAAGAGAAACUCUCACUGGCAGAGGAGGAAGCAAAGGCCACAGACACACGUCUAAUUAGAGCUCAGAUUGACAUUAAAACACUCGAAGACGCCCAGCAGGAGCAAGAGGGGGCCAACGCACGCCUCAGAGAGAAACUGUCACGUCUAGAGGCUCAGCUGCAGAUGAAUGCCACAGAGAACUCCGAGGCAGAGCUCGCCCUCCACACUGAGGCCCGAGCAUUGAGAUCAGAGCUGGAUGAAACCAAGAGAAAAGCUUCCAGACUGAGCCAGGAGCAGCAAGAGCUGAGCCAGCGUCUGGAGGACUCCGAGAAGGAGAAGGAGACACUGAAAGAGACCAUCAGCCAGCUGGAGGAGACAGAACAACAGCAAGGGAGAGCUCUGGAGAAACUCAACAAAGAGCAUGCAUCUCUGACCACAUCCUCAAGAGAGGAGAUGCAGGCUCUCAGGGUUCAGCUGGAGGAGCAGAGAGAGAGGGCACGCAAGGAAAUGCAGGAGGCGCAGCGUCACGGAACUGACGCUCAGAGUGAAUUGGAAAGAAAUCGCAUAAACCUACGGAAACUGGAGGAAGAGAUGUCACGACACAAGAAGGAGCUUCUGCUGGCGUGUGAGGAGAGAGACAACCACCAGCUGGAUAAAGAGCUUCUCUCAAACCGACUGCGCCACCUGGAGGGGGAGCUGGAGGCCGGCAAGAACGGCCUCAAUGAGAAAACCAGGGAGAUUCGCAUCCUGGAGGACAAGCUGAAGCGUUUAGAGUUGGAAGUGGAGGAGGAGAGGAGCAGUGCAGAGAUGAUGGCAGACAGAGUAAACAGGAGCAGAGAUCAGAUUGAUCAGCUCCGCUCUGAGCUCAUGCAGGAGAGAUCAUCCAAACAGGAUCUGGAGCUGGACAAGAACUCCAUGGAGAGACAUUUGAAGGAGCUGAGGAGUCGUGUGGCUGACAUGGAGGGCCAGUCUCGCUCUUCGGUUGGAGUCCAGCAGCUGGAGAACAAGAUCCAGGAACUGGAGGAGCGCCUACGGAGUGAGGAAAGGGAGAAAAACUCUGUGUUUGCAUCUCAGCGGCGUCUGGAGAGGAAAUUAAAGGAGCUGAACAUGGCUCUGGAUGAGGAGAGACAAACCAACUCCGAACAGAUUGACCAGCUCUCUCUAAGGGUGAAGGCUCUAAAGAGGCAGGUGGAUGAAGGAGAGACGGAGUUGGAGAGAAUCGAGGGACUCAGGAGGAAGGCUCAGAGAGACAUGGAGGAACAGAUGGAGCUCAAAGAGGCCUUGCAGGGCCGAGUCACUGCUCUGGAGACUGAGCUCAAGAGAAAGACUCAGGCAGCAAUGAGGCCCACUUUGGAUUCAUCAGCUCUCAGCUCAGAUGACGACGACAGCCUGUACGAUCCCUCCACCAUCACCUCCAUCCUCACUGAGAGCAACCUGCAGACCAGCUCCUGUUAAAAAAAAGCACUUCUGGGACUGGGUAAGGGUGGGACAACGUAGCACUGUAUAGGAGAAAAAAAAAUGAAAGUGAAACUUAGCUUCUGUUAAGACUGGGAGUGAAGCCAACAGGCGAUGUAGUCUAAAGGGAAUUGGAGACAGAGGAGAUAAAGGACAUAAAAGUAGAGGUCAGUGGGGGAUGAUUUUUCCUCUGCAGAGAAUUAGAGGAAGGAAAACAUCCUCUGCAAUCAAAAGAAUUUCCUACAGUCUGCGACCCACUCAGAUGUACUCUAUGAUACAGUGGGAAGAAUAUCAUUGCAUUAAUACAAAACAAGAGCAAGCCCACUUCUAAGGAGUCAAAAUAAAAUCUAAAACACUACAACACUGAGCUUCUAGGAGAGACACUAAGUUUAGAGCACAGAAAAACAUAAAAAGACAAUACCUCUUGUAUUUUUAGAAAAAAAAAUACAUCAAGUCAGACCAUUUCUGAGACUUGAGGUGCCAAGUUUUGCUUUGACUGGAUAUUAAACAAUGUUAAGUCCUUAGCAUGGAUAGUUUACUUGUAAAUAUUUGUUUUCUGUAAACAGAUGUCAACUGACUAAGCUCACAAAUCUGUCCCUUUGCAUGCACUAGUAUAACAAAGCACUACUGAAAACAUGGACCAAACACUGACACUUGUUGCACAAGAAAAUGAACGAUUAAAUACUAAUCAAACUUUGUAUGCUGAUUAUCUGUGCUUAACCAAAUUUAAUGGUUUGAUACUGAAAAUAAAUAUGUGCAGUAUGAUGAAAUAUUUCUAUGCUGAAUAAUAGUUUUAGAUUAGAGUUCAUUCCACUGUUCAUUCUUUAUCACAUGGUACACUGUUCAGACUGUUAAAGCUCCUGUGAGGACCUUUUGGUGUGUUGAUUUUGGUGCCCCCUGUGGAAAAAGCAGUAACUUCUUGGUCUUUGCUGGUUUUGUCCUGCCCAUGUGUAAAUGGUGCUUUCCAGUUGAUAAUCAUUUGACCAGACACCUACCCCCCAUCAGCUGUUUUAAGGCACAAAAUAUAACCACAUAAAAAUUAACAAUCUUACUAAUAUUGUUUUAUUUAAGCUCAUAUAGAGGCAUCAGUGUUUAUUUCAGUCUGAUUCAUGACCAAAAAAAGUCUUUACAGGAGCUUUAAAGAAUAUGACACUUAUGAUAUUUUAUUGUGUUUUCUUGCACACAACACUGAAUUACAGUUGUAAAAGAAACCACAUGUUCUAAAUGUUUUGGUUAUCUAUGUUGAUGAAUGACUUGGUAAAAUCUUUAUAGUCUGAAUCUGUUUCCUGGAGAUCACAGACUGUUACUGUGACUGUUACUGGUUUACAACUUAGAGCACAGAGAGAUCUCUGUGAGAAUAUCACAGGCUGUGAAAGUGAUUUUCUACUGUAAGGCCAAAAUAACUUUGUCUGAUUAAAAAUAUUGUGUGUUUAUUUGUAGAUCCUGCACUAUUUCUAUGCAUUCCCUGACAUUAACUCACUGAAAUACAUGUAUGCUCACCAUUUCAUUAUGAUGCCUUAUAACUGUUUGAAAAUUAAUGUUUUAAUUGACUUAUUUCUGAUUUUUGUAAAGUGUUUAUAUUUAACAUUUAUAGACUGUUGUGGCUGAUUUUUGUAAACAUUUCUGAACAAUCAGUUUGAGUUAUAACUGUAUUUCAGUUUUCUGAACUUUAAUGUUAAUCACUAUCAUUACAGUGAAACUGGAAAUUGUAAUUUGAUUUUUUGAACUUAUGAUUUUUUUUCAAGAUGUAUUAGGUACAAACUUGUUGACUGUAAAAACACUGACUGUA